UGUUUGAAUACAGUGUGUAAGCACUAAGCACAGGCGGAAGAAAAUGAAUGCGUAGAGGAAGAAGUAUGUUUUACAUUUUACAGGGUGGAAAGUUCUUGUGGUAUGUGAAAUGCGCUUAUUACUGAGAUAUCGAAGGACGCCAAUGGAUUUUCUGAAACACCACAGUGUUAGCUAGUUUUGAUUUUGACGGUAAACUGCUUACCUUUAUAUCAUAGGCAUGGAAAACAGAAAUUUAGAUUCAGGUCAGCAGGAUAUUAUGAAAUCUCCUGCCAGGAAGAUUUUAGGUGAUAUAAAGAACGUAAAUGAGGACCCUCCAAGUCCAGUUUCACCCACAGCUAAUUUGAAAUUGUUAACUAGAGUUGCAAGUCAUUUCAGAAAAAGAGAUUUCGGUGAAGACUGUGCAGGAUUACUCGAGCAGAAAAUUGAUUCAAACGACUACGAUGAGAACGUUGAUUCGUUGAGUGAAUUCCGGAAAAAAGCAUCAACCGCAAUCAAACCGCGCAAAGAAAAGUCUUUAAGUCUUCUAUGUGACAAGUUUUUGGAACUUUUCCCGCUGGAGGUACCCCCUGAUAGUAAUCUGUUUAUAUCCUUGGACCAAGCUGCCGCUCAGCUUCAUACUGAAAGGAGACGAUUGUAUGACAUCAUCAACGUUCUAGAGAGCCUUCAGAUGGCAUCAAAGAUUGGUAAGAAUAGCUAUCAGUGGUUUGGAAAUCAGCAGCUCCUAACAACACUUGCUGAACUGAAAGGAAUGGCAGAAGAAAUGGGUUAUCAGAAGAAGGUGAAAGCAAUGCAAAAGUUGUGUUACUGCUCGCCGAGAUAUCAAGAGAAGGAACUCCCUCUUACUCCAAAUAGUCAACAGGCAGAUGGUAACCGUGAUGAGCGUUCGCUUGGUGUUUUGUGUCAGAAAUUUCUGAUGCUGUUUCUAGUGUCAGAUGAGGGUGACCUUGUGAAUUUGGAAGUGGCUGCUAGAGUUGUGUUGGCUGGAUCGGAAUCUGAAACUGCAAGUGACAUGGAGGAUGUUAUUCCAUUACAUGUGGGAAUGGGAAUGGGGAGCACGCAACUAAAAGCAAAAGCGCGACGUUUAUAUGAUAUUGCAAAUGUUUUAAGUUCCCUGAAACUUAUCCAGAAAGUGCAUUGUUCAGAUUCCGUACGGAAGCCAGCUUUCACCUACUGUGGACCUAAAGUUGAGCCCUUGAAGCAUCUAACAUCGUUAGAUAGAAAUCCACUCUACCCAACUCGACAUUCUCUUCUCCGAUCACAACGUGUGGUGCCUAGUAUAGAGGAGAGAGCUAAAAUCAUGAUAGGUGGAGGAAAACGCAAAUUGAAACGCACCUACAGUGAUUCUGUGUUGUUGCCAUUCAGUGAAUGUCAGGAAUUUCAGGAGUCGGGUGUUGAUAGCAGUGCAGAUGGUGAAUGCUUCGGUGAGGCGGUCCUUACAUUGCAUUUAGUUGACAAUAAAGCCACUCGAUUUUCAUCUGCCGAGUCUGUUCAGACAGAGGACCAGAAUAACACAAGUAGAGUAUUCACUCCUUACAUGGCUACUGGUGCAGGUGGUGUGUCUAAGUCAAUUGUGGGUGCCACACAUGUUGGUGGUGCAGUGACUUGUGAGAAAGAGGCCAUUGUGCAAUGUACUGAUCCUAUUUCCCAAGUAACAAAUCGUUGUCAAAUUGGAACUGAGCCUCAUGGAAAUAAACUGAUCAGGCAUCAUUCAGAAUCAUGUGUUGGUAAGACAUCGAUAUGUGUGAAAAGGAGAUUGGUUAAAGUAGCACCACUGAGUAUGCAUAAAAUUAGCAGUAUGGAGCACAACUCUCCUGAACAUGGUGCAAGCAUCCAUAAAUCGUUCACUACAGCACCACAAAAAUCAGAAUUAAUGGCACAACAAGCCUCUUGUGUGCAGCCUGCUACAAACUUCAAUCAUUCAGUCUUAGUGCCGUAUACAGCUCCAACAAACAGCUGUACAGAUGGAUUGUACAUUGUUGACAAUCCUUGUAUAAAAACAUCAGAUGCCGUACGCCCAUCUAAUGAUUCCUUUGUAACCAAUGAUCAAAAUAAAAUUACCUCUUCCCCUGUCAUAUCGACCAUUGUGAUGCCGACAGUAAACCAGCCCCGUAUAAUACUGACAGAAGAAAUGCUAAGGAAUGGCAGAAGAUUAAUCAAUAUACCUGGAAAGAGUGAUUCAUUUAGUAGCAAACGGCAGUUGUUGCCGAAAGGUAUUAAUAAUGAGCAAAGAGUUUUCCUGCAAUCACCACCAGUUGCUGCGAAAAAUACAGAUUAUAUUCCGUACCAGCCAAAAUGGAAAUUACCAUAUGUUAAGAAUGACUCGCACGUUGUGACAAAGGAUUUUUUCAGUGAAGUGAACAAACGUAGUUCUUUCGUUGCUCAAAACAAAUGUUCUUACAGUGUGGUAACUGGAAAUGACACAAAUGGACAUACCAGGUUACAUUUAAGUCCAAACAUUGACGUAAAAUGUGACUAUGUUCAAAAAGAGACUGGCACUGUAGUAGGCCAAUCUAGUGUAGACAAUAAGCAAUAUACAACACUAACGUAUUCAGGGGAACAAGGAAAUUAUAGUGCAAAUCAAAAACAGUUUUCACAGUAUAUGUCUGUUGUCUCAGAUGAUCACUGUUACAAUAGGCAAGGAGAUAAAAGUUCCUUACAGACUGAUGAUUGUACUUCUGGCCUAGCUGGUGAGGAGAAAAUUGUGCUCCCACAUGUGGUUCCUGGAGAGCUGUACACAGCUGUUAAAGUUGGCUCUGUUCUGCAGCUUGUGCCUGUCAGUAGUAACUCACUGGUUACUAAAAUAUAAACAUUAUGGAAUGUUCUACAUUAUUUGUAUGUGCAAUACAUUUUUAAAUUUAUGAAAAAUCUAUUGACUUAAAAUUUAUACUGAGA